AUGAACACCUCGUUCAGUAUCCUCCUCCUCACCCUCCUCUCCACGCUCACCCUCGCGGCACCUGAAAUUCGAGUAGACAACCCAUUUGCCCCAGGGCCUACUCUCACGCCCCGGCAAGCUCAAGCUCCCAUCUCCGAAGUCUCCUGCCUGGACUACAGCCGGAUCGCCAACUUGUCCGUCGUCGGCUCCAACAGCAGCUACCGCAGCGCCUUCUACCACCGCUCUCUCUCCGGAACCAUGCAGGACGGCGCCAUGUUCAAGGCCGCCCAACUGGCACUUCCAGCCAUGACUGUCGACAAGGGCCUGAAUGACCGGUGCGGCAAUCUCACGACGGUGGCACUUGUAGAGGCAGAGAGGAAUCUCACGAGAAGCGUCGUCCUGCAGUUUGAUAAUAUCGUCCCCAUAACGAUCAAGGCGGGUCCAGAAGUGGCCGUCAUUACUGACGCCAUAACCAACUAG